UAAAGGAAAUCUGCUGUGGGAUUCAAGUGGAUUCACCAGCUAUUACUAAAAUUGUUAAAAUUAAUCGUGUAACCAUACCGGAAUUGACUUCCAUAUUUUGGGGGAUGUCUAAGGCAGAGUAG